GUCCCUGUCCCUGUUCCUGUCCCUGUCCCUUUCCGUAUCCCUGUCCCUGUCCCUGUCCCUGUCCCUGUUCCAGUCCCUGUCCCUGUUCCUGUCCCAGUCCCUUUCCCUGUCCCUGUCCCUGUCCCAGUCCCUGUCCCUGUUCCAGUCCCUGUCCCAGUCCCUGUCCGUGUUCCAGUCCCUGUCCCAGUCCCUGUCCCUGUCCCAGUCCCUGUCCCUGUCGCAGUCCCUGUCCCUUUCCCUUUCCCUGUCCCAGUCCCUUUCCCUGUCCCUGUCCCUGUCCCUUUCCGUGUCCCUGUCCCUGUCCCUGUCCUUUUCCCUGUCCCUGUCCCUGUCCCAGUCCCUGUCCCUGUUCCUGUCCCUGUUCCUGUCCCUGUCCCUGUUCCUGUCCCUGUCCCUGUUCCAGUCCCUGUCCCUGUUCCUGUCCCUGUUCCUGUCCCUGUCCCUGUUCCUGUCCCUGUCCCUGUUCCUGUCCCUGUCCCUGUUCCAGUCCCUGUCCCUGUUCCUGUCCCUGUUCCUGUCCCUGUUCCUGUCCCUGUCCCUGUUCCUGUCCCUGUCCCUGUUCCAGUCCCUGUCCCUGUUCCUGUC